UACUAUCUGCAAAAAUUGCAUCGAUACAGUCUAGGUACAUUAUAAAAGCCUCUGGUCAACGUUUUGCAUUGGCUUUGGAAAUCUACGACAGAAUAACUGGUCUUUGGACACCAUGCUUGUAUUCAAGGUGACUUUCGGCCUGUUGGCCCUGAUGCUGGUUUCCUCUGUUAGAGCUGAGGAGAUGAUGCAGCCUGCUGCUGUGGAUGAGUCUGCUGAGCUGUCUGUGUCUGAACUGCUGUUUAGAGCCAACAGAGGCAUCAUUCCUGAAGCUGAUGAGCCCAAGCUACUGGACGACAUCGCUGUGAAUGAGAAAAACGCUGAUCCCUGCACCUCCUACAGCUGUCUCUGGCCCAAAUACAGUGACGGCAAGAUUUAUGUGCCUUACGUCAUCGCCAACCACUACUCCUCCCGUGAGCUGGAGAUCAUUCAGCGUGGUCUGGACUCCUUUGCUUCUGUCUCCUGUAUCCGUUUCUUCCGCCGCAGCAAUGAGAGAGACUACAUCAGCAUUGAAUCUCGCAGCGGAUGCUACUCAUACGUUGGCCGUCAGGGUAAUGCACAGACAGUGUCUCUGGCCCGUAGUGGCUGUCUUUACCACAGCACUGUUCAGCAUGAGCUGCUCCACGCUCUGGGCUUCAACCAUGAACAAACCCGGAGCGACCGUGACAAUCACAUCCAGGUUGUCUGGGAGAACAUCCUUGAUGACAUGAAGUACAACUUCAACAAAAUCAACACCCUGAACCAGGGAACUCCUUAUGACUACAAGUCUGUGAUGCAGUACGAGAGAUAUGCUUUCUCCAAGAACGGCUAUCCCACAAUGAUUCCCAUUCCCAACAACAAUGCUGAGCUGGGCAAGUCUACUCAGAUGAGCCAGAAUGACAUCACCAGGCUUAACAGACUCUAUCAGUGCUGUGAGUAA